UUCGCCGGGUUCGGACGCUUUUUUUUUUGGAGUGUUUGCUAAGGUUGCUAGUGACACAGUUGUGUGGUGUGGUUGCACAAAAAGUGCAGUGUAGUGUGUUGACUAACUGAUCAAGUGAUCUGAGUGUAUUUGUUUUACUUGCAACCUCACGGGAAUGCAUAUGGUUUAAGUUUGGUAUAGCAGUGAAACGAAUAAUAAAAAAUGCAACUCACUUUCACCUGAGUGAUUUUGCUCUCUUGGUGAAUUCCUCCGGUCAGCUCGAAAGGCUUAGUAAUCAUUAGCAAGGAUCCUAACUGUAGAGCAUGCGAGGUCAAUAAGUAGACAGAGGAAGGCUUCGUAAUUUUCGUGAAAUUCAGCAGCACCAUAUGAGUUUGUUUGUGUUGUGUUAUUGAGCCAGAUUUGCAAGAUUUUAAAAUUCACGCAUGAAAAUGGAGUUCAAUGAUCUUGCCAACGUUUUGUUUUCGCUGUCUUCUUGAAUCUAUAGACAAAACGAGGAAGAAAAUAUAUGUAAUAAAUGCGAAGAUUUAUUUUUAAAAUAAGAAAACCGAACGGCGUUUCGUGAGCAGCGCAAGAACAGUCAUAUUACUGUGGGCCGGUUUGUCGAACGUUUUUACGCGACGCCGCGUUCUAGUUUUACAAUUUUAGUUUUCAUCUCGCACUCGACGAAUUAUGUGUGUGUGUUGUGGAAAUCGCGAGCGGGUUUGCGCCUCUCUUUUGAUUGAACUACAACGAUAACCUUGAGUGAUUCGUGCUAUAAACAAGAUUUUCAAGUUGAAACUUGGACUUUUUUUCGCACACUUUUCCUAUCCAUUUAUCACAAGGUACCAAUUCAGUGUGACAUGUGUUUUUGAUCCGUGUUGUGAUGGUUUAAUUUUCCGGUUUUACUAGUGGUAUGAGUGCUUGAAGUAAUUGAACAACUAGCAAACGUCACGAUCUGGUUCGUGGCGAUGGAUGAUGUGACACAGUGCGGCAGCAUGUGUUGCGAAUAAAUAUUUACAUUCGAUCACAGUGGGAAAUUUUAUCCAAUCCAAGUCGGACAACCAGUUGGACGGGGAAAUUUGCGUAUGACUUCAUACUGAUGAAAUUUUGUCCGAUGGAUAAAAUCUGUAUUAAUGAGAAGAUUCUAUUGAGAACCCAGUAUGCCGACAACUACAGGAUUGGCACUGAUUUGCACCCAUUCCGUGGAGGUUCCGUAAAGGUGGAAUCGUCACAGUAGAGCGGUUUGUCGGUCAUACAAUACUGCCAACAGUGCAGUGAAGCGUUUUGUCAGUGCACUGCAAAAUAUGUGCCGUAAGUUAAUUAAAAGUGUAUCAAAUCGAAUAAAUUUAAUAAUUGUGUUCACGUGUGAAUGAUUGGCGGAAAGCGACGGGAAAAUAUCGCAGCAAGAAGCGAGCAGCAAACAGCAACAGGGGCCAUAAAUUGGGGUUUUUCAUGUUAUUGCAGUCGCGCCUCCAGUUGAUGUUCAGAACCAAACGGAAGCGAUUCCAAUUAGUGUGCACUUUUUGCGAACUGUGAGUGGCAGGAAGUGGAAUGAAACACGCGAAAAAUGUUACGUUGUUUUAAAAUGUUAAAUCAAGUGCAUAUAUCUGGCAGUGAAUGGGCCCGUUGUGAAAUAUUGCUUGCAUCGUUGCUUCGGGAGGCUAACCGUCGCCGUGGGUGGUUGUGCGAUAAAACGUAACAGUCGAGUAGCAUGAAGUUCGAAGAUAUCGUACUGAAGGCCGCCGAAGAAGUUAGCAGUGCAGUACGCUGGAAUCUACCGGCACAUAAUCACCAGCAAACCAAUGGCAGUGACGGUUGGCGAGGCCACUGCAUUAGGUGCAAACGGUGUUGCUGUCCCCGCGCUGGAUGUGAAUUGAUGUUUGUUGCAGUUGUCGUAAUAAUUUUAACCAGUUUCACUGUGAUGAUCGGCGGUGACGUGUUUACUGUUGGAUAUAUUACUGGGUCACAGCGACGUCCGGGCGAUCGGGAAUAUGCAAGACCAGGGUUGCAGAUUUCCGGUGCAAUCACGCUUGCUACGGAGGAAGUAAACGAGCUACUCUUCAGCCAGCACGGUCACAAGCUGCAGUUUGAGGUGGCGGAAACGUACGGUGAGGAGGUUUCUAGCAUUAGAAAGACCGCAGAUCUCUGGACGAACGAUGUGGUAGGCUACAUAGGGCCACAGGAAACUUGUGUCCACGAGGGUAGGAUGGCGGCUGCAUUCAAUUUACCAAUGAUUUCCUAUUUCUGUACCCACAACGAGACUUCGAAUAAGAAGCAUUUUCCAACGUUCGCCAGAACUAGGCCACCUGACCUACAGAUAUCUAAGUCGGUUGUCUCGCUGCUAUUAGCUUUCAAUUGGACACAGGUUUCCUUCUUCUACCGUGCUUCCGAGGAUGCGGAAUACGAUGCGGUCGCCGAAACCUUAAAAACCACGCUGAAAUCCAAUGGCGUCCGGAUUCGGGCGGUUCGCACAUGGAGUACUAUUUACCAUCACGGCUAUUCUUCAAAUCCGUUCGAUCGGCUAGUCGAUGAAACAUUCGUGGAUACUAGAAUAUAUCUAGUGCUUGGUCAUCACGACGAACACAUAGGCUUGCUGGUGAGCUUGUGGCGGAAGAAGCUACUGGCUGCCGGCGAGUACUUUGUAGUUGGAGUCGAUCUCGAGCAGUACGAUGCUUCACUGCCAAAGAAAUAUCUGCACGGGCUACUGCAACCCGAACCGGAUCGGGAAGCUGUGCAGGCGUUGCAACACUACCUCGGCGUCGUACCAUCGGCUCCCAUCAAGUUCGAAGAAUUUGCCGCCAAGGUAAACAAAUACCUGGAACUGCCACCGUUCAACUAUCGCAACCCAUUAGUGUAUUUCGGAGGUGUUAAACAGAUUCGCGCCGAGGCAGCCUAUCUAUACGACGCGGUCCAUUUGUAUGCUAAUGCGUUGCUCCAAGUUCUGCUAGACGGCGGUAACCCUAAAAAUGGCACAGCAAUUAUCGAAGCAAUCAAGGGUCGAGCUUACAUGAGUGCAAUGGGAUAUUUGAUACAUAUCGAUGAGAACGGCGAUGCUACCGGGAAUUAUACCAUUUUAGCUAGAAAACCCGUCCCGUCUGCUACGUCGGAGAGAGAGUAUGGACUGUUUCCGGUUGGGCGCUUCAGCACACCGGAUGCUAAUCAGGCCACGUGUCGAAUACAGGAUAUAAAACUAUUCGAUACCAUCGAAUGGGUGGGGUCAGAACCGCCCGUUGCCGAGCCACUUUGCGGUUUUCGGGGCGAGAAGUGUAUAAGCUACACUGGAGAAAUUUCCGCUGGAGUCGCUGGUGGUGCCCUACUGUUGCUGGGAGUCGUUUCACUUGUACUGUAUCGAAACUGGCGCUACGAACAAGAACUGGACAGUUUACUAUGGAAAGUGGAUUUUAAGGACAUUCAGAUGCACGAAAACGAAAACGAAAAAGCAGGCCAAAAAUUGACACGGACAACCCAUCCACUAGUGCGUACUAGUCAAGUAAGUUUAAGCUCCAAUCCGGACACAGAUUUUCGUUAUUCAACGAUCUUCACACCCAUCGGGCUAUACAAAGGACAACUGUAUGCCAUCAAGUAUGUACGGAAGAAAAGUAUCGACAUUACCCGGGAAAUGAAGAAAGAGCUUAAACUACUGCGUGAUAUGCGGCACGACAAUCUGAAUGCGUUCAUUGGAGCCUGCACUGAUCCCCCGAAUAUUUGUAUUAUCACUGAAUAUUGUACGAGGGGAAGUUUGAAGGACGUACUAGAGAACGAAGAUGUGAAGCUGGACAACAUGUUCACCGCAUCGUUGGUGGCCGACAUCCUGCGGGGCAUGAUUUACCUGCACGACUCGCCACUGCGUUUUCAUGGAUCAUUGAGAACUUCGAACUGUCUAAUAGACUCAAGAUGGGUAGUCAAACUGAGCGAUUUUGGACUUUAUGCUUUCAAACAGGGAGCGGAUCAAGUUCCUGCGGAGAAAGAAAAGUUCGAAGAAAAAUCGGAAAAGCUACUUUACCGAGCGCCAGAGCUUUUAAGAGCUGGACCAUCCUACUGCGUUCCUGGGACUCCGAAAGGUGACAUCUAUUCUUUCGGUAUAGUUUUGUACGAGAUAUUCACUCGACGCGGUCCGUUCGGGGAAAUCGAAUGCACUGCUGCGGAGUGCCUCAAACGCAUAUUGCAUCCCCUAGAUCCGAAUACACCGUUUCGACCGGCGAUACAACCACUGGAAACCUCGUUCGAUUGCGUUCGAGAGUGCUUGAAGGAAUGUUGGUCCGAAAAGGCAGACGAUAGACCGGAUUUUAAAACGAUUAGAAAUAAGCUACGGGUACUGCGAAAGGGUAUGAAACCGAAUAUUUUCGAUAACAUGAUGGCCAUGAUGGAAAAAUAUGCCAAUAAUCUGGAACAGUUGGUGGACGAACGAACGGAUCAAUUGCAAGAAGAGAAGAAAAAGACGGAAGCUCUCCUGUUGGAAAUGCUUCCAAGGCCAGUCGCGGAGCAACUGAAACGAGGGCACAAAGUUGAGGCUGAAAGCUACGAUCUAGUCACGAUCUAUUUUAGCGACAUCGUUGGAUUCACAUCGAUGUCGGCCGAAAGUACACCACUGCAAGUGGUCGAUUUUUUAAAUGAUUUAUAUACAUGUUUUGAUUCAAUCAUUGGCCAUUACGAUGUGUACAAGGUGGAGACAAUCGGUGACGCCUACAUGGUGGUAUCUGGUCUUCCGAUUCGCAAUGGAUUAACGCAUGCAGGAGAGAUUGCAUCGAUGUCCCUUCAGCUGUUGGAUGCUGUUUCGGAGUUCAAAAUACGCCAUAGACCCAACGAUAGAUUGUACUUAAGAAUAGGUAUCCAUUCUGGGCCAGUGUGUGCAGGAGUGGUAGGGCUGAAAAUGCCUCGUUAUUGUCUUUUCGGUGAUACUGUGAACACAGCGUCCCGUAUGGAAUCUACGGGACUGCCGUUGAAAAUCCAUUGCAGCCUUCAAACCAAAGAAAUACUUGAUUCACUCGAAGGAUAUCAUUUCGAGGAUCGAGGUUUGAUUCCUAUGAAAGGAAAAGGCGAACAGCGUACUUUUUGGCUCGUUGGAGAGGACCCUGAAGCAAGAGCUAAACGGACCCAGGAACGAUCUGAGAGACGUGGAUCGCGAGCUCUCAAUAAAUACCUCGGUAUGCUAAAAAGUCAAAACAGCUCAGGGGGAGUGAGGAGUUCGCUAAAAAAUCGUGCCAUAGUACAACGUAGUUCACUGCCACGUUCAUCUAGUCUAGAGUCUCCAAAAAGACUGAGAUUUGCCAGCGGGUCUAUGUUGGAGCAGCAUCGUUAUCAUCGUUACAGCGAUGACGCUCUGAUGGAGGUCAUUUCCGACUGUAGUACCCGCAAAUCCGACAAUAGCUUAGCAGACACCGAAGACAUCACCUCUUCAUGUCCGUGCAUUGACCAGCUCGGUAUGAACAGUGAUCGGUUCCUCAUACAUCCCUGCCCGACGGUUACGACACCUCUGCUCACUAACACUAUUGCUACUUGAUUGCAAGUACGCUCAACUAUAGAGAGGGAUACAUUUGUUGUGAAAUAAGCUGUCUCUAGUCAUUAUACGUUAAACAGUCAUUAAUGUUCAAGUUGAUGUGAUAAAAUAUAAUCAAUACUUAAUAACCAGAAAUAAGAAGGCAUAGGAAAAGUGGUGAACAUUUUGUUACCUAAAUUGAAAACGCAGAAGGCUAGUGUUGAAAUUUUCACUUCGGACAUGCUGGUUGAAAACAUAAAAGAAUGAAAAUAUAUAUAGUCAUUGCAAUA